GUGAACCUCCUCCGCCUUACUCCAGUAGGGUUUCUCGAAACAUCGCACUCAGAUUCUGCUCUGCAAACUCCGAAUCUUGUACCGGAGCUCGUGUCUUCUUCUUCGUUGCCGGAAGUCCUUUCCGAUGAUGCUGUUUUCUCGAAUCGCCGUUCGGAAUCGGAGCGAAGUCGAUGCGAGCAUAUUUCUUCUGAUAGCUGGCGGAGAAUAAAGUGUUGGUAAUGGGGACCACUAUUCACUGGUUGUGAAUUUGGAGGAAAGUGAAACCCUAGAAUUUCGCUUCUGGGUUUUAGUGCAUUACUUUACCAUAGUGGCAUAUAUGUUAGUUGAUGAUAACAUGGAGAAGACUAUUUCUGCUGAGGAGAUUUAUCAAAGUGGAAGUGCUAAUCUUGUUACCAAGUCAGCAGGACCAUCCAUUAAGAUUGACUCAAUUGUUAUAGAUCUUGUCAAUGCAAAUAGCGGGAUUGAUUCAGAGAAGUGUGAGCAUUUUUCUCUACGUGGGUAUGUAUCUGAAGUUCGCAGCAAAGACUGGAAGAAAUGUUGGCCAUUUGCCUUGGAUAGCAUCCAUAAUAACUCUGAGGAACGAAGCUGUGAGCUUCCUCCUUUAGAUGUUCCAAAGUUCAGAUGGUCAUCUUGCCAAAACUGUCUGCGUCAAGUUGGUGCCAAACACAUUGCAAAUGAAGAUGGUGCUCUUUGUAAUACAUUUGGUAAAUUCAAAUCUUUUGGCAGCUGUCGCCAUAGGGAUGCUACAAUGCUGUCAUCAGACUUUCAGCAGGCUGCAAACUUAAAUAUUUAUGAAUCAAGACAAACUGAUGCUAAUACUUCUUUGAAUGUGAAUGGAAAUGGCUAUCGUCAUUUGUUAUGUGGUGAUAAGGGAGAGAAGAAAACUAAAAUUGCAAUUAGUUCCCCAAUGAUAGGGCAUGCUACUGGAUUGGGAGAGACUCUGAAGGAUCUUCCGAAUGUCGUGCAACAAAGAUGUCAGACAAAUCUAGCUUUCAGGUUGGAGUGCAAUGGAUCUCUGGAAAAUCACAAGCCUGACCCAGCAGAUCGAGUUGUUGAUGUUAAACUCAAUCACCUGGUUAAGAACAAUGCUGACAUGCUAAAUAGUGUGCCAGAUUCUAUCAAGAAUUGUAGAAGUAAACAUCCUUGCUUGGAAUUGGAUGAAUGUGAUUAUUUGUCAUCUGAAAGUGCUGAAAUAUUGCUUGGAUCUGCAUCUGGCAGUUCCCAUCGCAGAAAAACUCGUAAGGUGAAACUGCUAACAGAAUUGUUGAGUAAAAAUGGAGAUGAAAGAGCCAUUAUCAUGGGGAAAGAAAGUCCUCCAAAAAAUGCCACUCCUGCUGCAUCUACAGGAGAGAAAUCAUUUUCUGUUCCUCAAGGUCAGGUCACCAUCCGAGGGAAUGUUACAGGCAGUUUAGGACAGAACAGGAAAAGAAAGCUCGCUGAAGACAAAGACUGGAGAUGUGUGGAAAUGAACUCUCUCAAAACAGAAUGUAAGAAAAUUAGUAGUGUUAACAAAGGUGCAGGAAUCAUUGACACAGUUGUGAGUUCUGAUUUAGAAGGUGCACUUACUGGAGCUGGCUUGGAAACUGGUUUAAGGAGACAUUUGAUUAACCUCAAAGGUGAUGAAUGCCCUAUUAUUGGAAAAAAGAAAAAUAAAAGAGGUCAGAUUUCUGAUGAUCAUUUGUCCUUAUCUCCAUCUCGAGAAGACAUACAGGAGGAAACUCUGAAGAAGACAGGAGGUCUUAGCAAGAGCAAUGCUACUGAUGGCGUUUUGUUCAAUUUUGUGAAUACUGAAUUUACAACAAGGGAGGCUGAUCCUUUACCUGACAUAGAAAAGACAGAGAAAUAUAGUUUAUCCAAUAGGAAAAACAUGAUGCAUCCAGAUUGUGAAGGACAUGAUUUUCUAAUUCCUGGGAAUACUAGCAUGAUCAGAGAAAGUCUGACUUCAAGGCAAAAUGUAGAAGUUAGAGGAAUUGGGUCUAAUGCUGUUCCACUUACUGUGGUACAAGAUGCAUUAAUAGAAGAAGGGCUGCCUUUGUCUUUUAAGAAUUGCUUAUCCACUCAAAUAGUUGAUGGAAUUUCUCCAAUAAUGGAUGGAAUGGCCUCUCUGAUGCCUUGGCAAGAGGCCUUUUUUAAAGAUGAAAUUAUGAGGAAAGAUCUUAAGAUGAAUCAUGUGAGAGAUUCUAGCUUCCCACCUAAACCUGAACUUGAUGUGCAUCGUUUGCAAGGAUUACAUGUUGAUCUCGACAGUAAGAGAACCUCCUUUCCUAAUGAAAAGCUAAAAAGGCAUACACCUCAGGCUGAAUUUGGGAGUUAUUCUUUGCUGCAUCAAAUGCAUUAUUGUGGCGCUAGCAGCAAUGAGAAAACUGUGGGAAAUCAAGAAAAUUUACUUGUUACCAGGGAACAUGGCAACCACCAAGCUGAGAUGGUGUCUGAUCAAGGAGCUUUGGAUGACAUAACCAUGGAAAUUGUUGAACUCAUGGCAAAGAAUCAAUACGAGAGAUGUCUUCCUGAUGCCAAAACUGAUAAACAGUCAUCAAUAGCUACCAACAGUUUCAGAAAUCAUCAAAAACUGGAUCUUAAUAAAGCAUAUGGAAGUGAAGAGAUUAGCGGAUUAGAGGUUGACAACACUGAAAAACCAAUUCCUCGAGCCAGAAGUGGAAGGAUUGGCAAACGUACUACAGAUGAUAAUAUGGGAUCCACCAGAAAAAAGUCAACUGAUUAUUUCUCUCAAAUGGAUGUAAAGCAGUACAAAAGCCAAUUGGAACAAAGUUGUGCUCCCACAGGGUUUAGACUAUUCGCCCAAUUUGGAGGGAAGCCAUCAAAUGGAAUCCAAUGUUCUGAUACCAGUUCCAGCAGGCAUGGCAGUGCUCAGAAUUUUCGGUGGAGUGGGAAUAUGGUUGCGAACCAGCCUUCUCAUGCUACUACACAGGCAUUGGUAGUAUGUAAUGCAUGCCAAAGUGCUCCACAACAAAAAGGAGCUCAUCUUUGGCCAUCCAUGAUGCCAAAUCACCUCCCCUUUCUGUGUAACAUUCCACAGAAGGGUGCAGAUGAGUCAAUCAACACAAACGUGAAUUCACAUUGUCCCAGCAGCUUACUGAGGGGUAAUAUGAAUGGAGGUGGUGAUGGAAACUUUUUAAAUCCAAGUACUUCCAACUUUGAGAGGCAUAAUAGGAAGUUUGAUUCUGAAACUCUUAGAAGGAUCCCUCCUGAUUACCCAUUUGCUUGCAAACAUAAUGGGGUGAGGUCAAUGGAUCUCUAUUCUAAUGAGACCAUACCAGCCAUGCAUUUACUCGGUCUCAUGGAUGCCGGAUUUCAAUCAGGUGUUCCAGUUGAUUUGAAUGGAAACCAAAAAUUCCUUAGGCGAGCUUCCUUUCUUCACAAUCAUCACUCUGAAGAGUUCCCAGGCAUCAUAUCUGGUGGAUAUGGGACCAGAAAUGCUACAACACACCCGACAUCUGACUGUUAUGGUAAAAACCACCAGCUUCAAUAUUUCCAUGAACAUUUACCAGCAAUUCAAACAGUUGGUGCUUCUACCUCAUUUCAACAUGAUAGAACUUUAAAACAGGACUCCACUUUUCCUGUUCAAUUAUCUUUGAAAUCUCGGGAGAAAGAGAAAAGAAAGCACUCAGACUUACAAAUACAGAAUAGGAACCAGAGAUCACAGAAAACUGCUUCUAGUGGUGGCUUGAGCAUAACUUGCGGAACUAUUCCUGUUCGUAGUAUGCCCAAACUGAUACCUGGGACAGAAAACUUGAUGUUUCCCCCACAAUUUCAUGCUGUGGAUAAUGCAACUAAAUACAAAUUGAAGGCUCAGGCUGUGAGUGGAGCUGUUUUGCCUUCAAAAGGCAGUUCUAAGACUGGAAUCUGCAGUGGAGCUGAUUUGCCUUCGAAAAGCAGUUCUAAGACUGAAAUCUGUAGUUUUAACAGAAAUCCUGCUGAUUUUAGCAUGCCUGAAGCAGGAAAUGUAUACAUGAUUAAAGGUGAAGACCUAAAAUUUGGAAGGCGAUCUCCCUCUGGGAACAGGAGUGGGCUACUAAAAUUGAGUGGCACUAAGCAUCAAAGGAAGCUUAUUGCUACAUGAGAGCAUUUGCAAAAUCAAACUUCAUGAGGCAGUCAUUCACAUAUAUGCUGGUAACUCCUUGGAACUUCUAUUACCUGCCAUUUUUUCAAAUUAACUACCUCUUCCUUAAACCAAGUCAUGGGACAAGCCUUUCUGUGAAUUUCUCAAUCAGGAUUUGCUCGUAUCAUUUCAGCUUGCAUUCUCCAAGAUGUCUUGCUUGGCAGUACAAAAUGAGGACAACUUCUAAGCUUUACAGGUGCCAGAAAGAAAAUGCAAUAGUUGGAAAAUUGAGUGCCAAGUCAAUGUCUGCUGUCUGGACCAAAAGAUUGCUGUUAGACAUCUGAAUGCGAACCUGUUGGUUAUUUAACAUUUCCAAAGCUAAACCAUGGAGUACAUGCUGUGUGCAACGUAAGGCCUGUAAAUAUUGCUACGCUUUGACCUUGCACAGGUAAACAUACAAACCUAUUUAAUUGGAUACUGUCUGUUGUCUUCAAGAUUUUUGUAAAGCAUGGAUGCCCCUCAGUACUCAUCACGGGGCUUAAGUAAUGUAUUACUUAAGUUACUAAGCUUCAUCCCCAAGCUCAGGAAGUGGGAGUGGAAGUAGAUACUUUGGAUUUUAUCAGGUAUUCUAUUGUUUCGAAGCAUACGUCUGAAUAACCUCUCCCAAGGGGUAAUUAUUCUGUUGUAUUUUAUACCGUGGGAAAGGGACACUUCUUUUUUUUCUUUUUUUUCUUUUUUUUCUUUUUUAAUUCUAAGAUCUAGAUUGGUUGGAACAAAUGAAAAUUGAAUGUCUUU